GCCCAGGUUGUCAAGUAGAAAAUAUGUAAAAUUUUAAAUUAAUAUUAUUUAUUUACCGGUACUUAUAAUUCUUAAUAAAAAUAAUUUACUGCACAAUUUAAUUAUUUUUGCAAUUUUUAAAUUAUUUCUACGAUGCCUAACGAAGAGCCAUCUGACUUAGAUUGGGUGCAAUUGCGCCGAGAAAUGGGCAAUGUUACUCAACACGCUGAAACUACUAAAGAAAAGUUUACUCGAAAGUUUGCUGAAAAUCCUUUUGUACCUGUAGGUUGCCUUGCCACAGUAGGAGCACUAUCAUAUGGACUAUGGAGUUUUAAAUCGGGUAAAACAAAAGUGUCACAGCAAAUGAUGAGACUCAGAAUUGUAGCACAAGGUUUCACAGUCGCUGCUCUUGUUAUAGGGGUUAUGAUGACAGCCGGCAAAAAUUUCAAAUGAUUGUAAAUUUUCUUAUUUGCAAAAGCAUUUGUAUAAAGUUAGAUAUGCUAUACAUACAAUACUGUAUUAUCAAAUAGAUUAGUUAAAUAUUCUAUUAUUACUCUUAGGUAAAGACAGAGGUAAAGUUGGCAUUAUAUUUUUCUACUGCUGAAAAAUGUCUUGUUUUAUCUAACAUAUAUAAAAUUGUAUAGUACAUACAUACAAAGUCAAAUACAUUUUUUUAGUUAAAAUAGUUAAUUUUAUUAUAUGUACAUUAUUAGGAUUAGUAUUAAGUAAAUUUAUAUAAAUUUUCAUAUGUUUCACUAUGAUUAUCUGUAAACCUAAUUAAUACUUAACCAAAUAUGUAUUAUAUUGUAGUCAUGCCAUUUAAUAUUAGUCUAAUAUAAAUU